AUGCUUGCUCAGCAACUUGGGUUCGCCGCGACCUGGUCGCGCCCAGCGUGCAGCUCAUGCUCGCACAUUCUCACGAGGCCCAGCUUGACCCGCUCGCUCGGCUUGUCCAAGUGCACUGCGGGCCACACCGUGCGCCGCAUCCCCGUGGUCACUGCAACGCCGGAGAACUUUGCGCCCUUCGGCACGCUUCUCGGCGACACUUCCACCUCGUCCACUUCUACACACUACCAGGCAGUCAGGUUCCUCGAGCGGCACUACAAGCACACGCAGGCUUUCAUUCCGCUCGAGGGCAAGCCGCUGGUUGGCUUCUUUGCCCCGUCCAACGAGUCGGCAGAGGAGCCGGAUCUUGACGCGGUUCGCUGCUUCGCCUUCGAUGGCAGCGCAGGCUUUGUGAUGCACAAGGGGGUUUGGCACGAGCAGCCAUUCCCACUUGUGCCGGGUACCAAGGCAGUCUGCAUUCUGCGCAACGAGACCGUCCGAGAGCUCAAGCCAACCGACGAGCGGACGCAGGAGUGCCACGGACAGGACAUCGACAAGCUGAAUCUAGCUGUCCGUCACAAUCUGAUCUUCACCGCCGAUGCUGACGCUGCGGCGGCUGCCCUCCUGUCCGAGACAGAGUCACUCCAGUGA